GGUAGAGAUGGAAACCUCCCCUUCCAACCCUCCCACCCGUUCAACUUCCAACCAGAAAGCUCCGUCUAUGGCGUCGACGUCGUGGCCCAAACUACCAACCUCCCUUACUACAUGCUACUGCUAUUUCUACCAUCGUGCACCAGUGCAGCCAAAUAAUUGCCGUGGCUAUAUAGCCCUGGCCGUGCUGGAGUGUGGACUGGAGUGCCGGACUAGUGUAGACAGUCGUUGAGAGCUGGGCAGCCUGGUUGGAACCUCAAAGGUUUUCUUCUCUCCUAUUUUUUGCAUACGAUACGAAGAGAGCACGUGCGUGCGUGUUUUUUUGCCCGCCCUUUCAGUCUGGCCAUCUCAUUUUGCAUUCACAACGGCAAGCGGACAGUUGCUCGGUGUCAGUCGCCAACGGGCGUCACAGCAUCACCGACGUCCGCUGUCGUUGAACUACAUUUCUUCGAGUGCAAACAUUUCAGUGCUUUUUCCAAAUCGAAACUGACCUUGAAUUGAAUAACAUUUUUCUGUGAAAACCCCUCAAGAAAGUGUUCGAAUGAUGAACUUACUUCAGCAUCCAGAUCGUAACAUUCACAUGGCCGCUCCAGGAUUACUGGGCGGUUUGUUGGCCGCAUCGAGUGGCGUGUCGGCCGCUUCAUCGUUGCCACAACGUUCGCCAUUCGCCAUUCAGGAACUGUUGGGUCUCAACACGAGUAGCUCGGUCGGUAGCCAUUCUCAUCAUCAGACCGACCACGUUGCCAGUGCUAGCAACCAACAGCACGUUUAUAGUCACGCCAUGAUUGCUGCUGCUCACCAUCAUCACCAUCACAGUCACCAACACCCGGCGGCCGCCAUGUUUGCUCACCCUGCCCAUCAGCAUCACAGCCAUCAUGGCAGUUCAUCGUCUGCAGGAAACAAUGGCCAGCAGUCGAGUCAAGGUUCAGAAUUAAGCGGCCAUCAUCACCAUCAUCACAAUAGCCUGCAGGCUCAUCAGGCCCUUUCGGCCUUAUCGGCAGCCGCAGCGGCCAGCUACGCCUCAGCAGCUGCGGCGGCAGCUUCGGGCAAUCGUUGCAGCGCAGCAGCGGCCUAUAAUUUCACUCAUCAUCAUCAGAAUUUUGCGGCCGCUGCAGCCGCUGCUGCUGCCAUGGUAGGCGAUCCACUGAGCUCCGCUAGUCGGAUGUAUUUCAAUCCGGCGGCUGCAGCGGCUUUUCUUCACCAACCGACGGCGGCUGCCGUCGCGGCCGGAAGUAUCGGUAGUGUCUCGGCGUCGGCUCCUGGUGCGUCAACAGCCGUCGGCAACAGUACGAGUGGUGGCCCAAGCGUCGGUGUUUUCCCGUCGCCAGACAGCGCCGCCAUGCGAUCUGAUACCAACGCGUCAGCCGAGGGACGUGGUGAUGGCGGCCAUUGCAACAGCUCCAAGUUGGACGAGUUAAACGUCAGUGGCGGCGGAUCGAACAACAACGGGGUCAACGGUGCCAACAAUCCUAAUCGAAAAAAGAAGAAAAAGAGAAGGCACAGGACAAUCUUCACCAGUUAUCAGUUGGAAGAGUUAGAAAAAGCUUUCAAAGAGGCUCAUUAUCCUGACGUCUAUGCCCGUGAAAUGCUGUCCCUAAAAACAGACCUACCAGAGGAUCGCAUUCAGGUAUGGUUUCAAAACCGACGGGCUAAAUGGCGUAAAACGGAAAAAUGUUGGGGCCGAUCGACCAUCAUGGCCGAAUACGGACUGUACGGCGCAAUGGUCCGCCAUUCGCUACCUUUACCGGACACGAUCGUCAAAUCAGCCAAAGAAAAUGAAUGCGUCGCUCCAUGGCUACUCGGUAUGCACCGAAAGUCCCUAGAAGCGGCGCAUCAGUUGACUAGUGGUGACGAAAGCAAUAAAGAAGAUGACGAAGAGAACGGCGGUGGAGGACAUGGCGAACGGACGAGAGAUUCGGGGACUGGGCCGAACGACGGACGUGAUCAUUCGAGUGGCGACGAACAACCGGAUAAAACUAACAGAGAACCCAACGGCAAUAAACACAACAGCAAACAUUCUCCGGGAGGUAUUCAAACAACCGGCCAACAUCAACACGGUCACUUGUCUCAUUUGCAUCCACCGACGUCUAACGAAGCCAGUACUUACAUGGCCAGCUAUGCGGCAGCUCAACUUCAUCACGCCCGGUCACCGGUUGAUGAUUUCCGGAUGAACAGCGUUGCAGAAUUAAGAGCAAAAGCGGCUGAACAUCAGGCUCGCAUCGCCGGUGGAUUUUCGGUUAGUCAUCAUCACCAACAGCAGUUGCAUUUGCAGCAGCAACAACAACAACAACAACGUGAUGGAGAAUUUCUCAUUUCUUCAGAUUCUUCUUCUUCCUCAUUUUAAAGUCAACGUUUUUUGAAUCUUGCCGACAUAACCAAGGAAUACUCUCUAAAUUUUUUUUUAUAGCCAAGAUAGAAAAAGUCCCAAUUUUUUGAGCGUUCAAGUCAAAACAAUAUUUCUACGGGACACGGUUAUUUCCAUGCCAUUUGUUACAGAGCCGCAAAAUCAAUUCGUCUUUAUCGAACAAAGAACAAACAGGGGAUUCUUUCUCCUACGUAUACUACAGCUCCUUGACCUCUUUAUAUGUAGAACAUCUCCUCUAUCUUUUUUUUUCUUUUGAUAGAAAGUCUUUUUCUCGUUUGGAUAUUCCACUACAUAACGCGGUAGGAAUAUUCGGCAGGGGUCCCUCUCCAACCCUAACUAGAAAAAUAUUCAUAUUUUCAGAUAUUUUAUAUAUAUAUAUACCGGCCGCAUUUUACGUUAGCUUUUUGUAAAUACAAAUAUAGGCCUUUUGGGUAGAGGCCAACAGGCGA